AUGCGUGUUUCAAAAGAUAGGUUAAUGAGCAUGGUUAAUGCUGUGAAAAAUAUGGCAUGUGUGAAUGAAAAGGGAGAAAAACAUCAAUUUUUGGAGGAAAAUGAAAUGCAGCCGUUUUGGAAACGACUAGCAAGUGAAAUUGUGGAAAUGGAGAUGUUAGACGAGAACUAUUUGGUUGAGAGUUCAACUUCGAACAAAGAAACAACAACAACACCAGAAUGGUUUGAACCCGUCCAUACUUCAACACCGCGUAAUUCGCCGGUAUCCAUUAUCAAUUCAUCACCAGCACUAGUUGCAGAGCCAUAUUUGGCCGACUACAUUAACGAGGAUGAAUCUUUCUUCUGA